UAUGACCAAUCCACAAUGCGUCUCCAUAACAACGGGUGUUCAAUUUCUUGUAGGUACAGGAGAAAGAGGGAAAAUCUGGUUGAAAGGACAGCAAUUUCUCGUUUGCCGACUAAAUGGGGUUUAUUUCAGGCUUACUGUUAUCGCUCAAAGCUUGAUGGAACAGAACAUAUAGCAGUUGUAAAGGGGGAAAUUGGAAAUGGUCAAGAAGUCCUAGUAAGGGUUCACUCUGAAUGUUUGACAGGGGAUAUUUUUGGGUCAAGGCGAUGUGAUUGUGGAAAUCAGUUAGACCUGGCAAUGCAGUUAAUUGAGCAAGCCGGCAGGGGAGUUGUUCUCUAUCUCCGGGGCCACGAAGGGAGGGGUAUUGGCCUAGGUCACAAGCUUCAGGCCUAUAACUUGCAAGACCAAGGCCAUGACACUGUGGAAGCCAAUCUUCAGCUUGGUUUUGCAGCAGAUGUACGCGAAUAUGGGAUAGGUGCACAGAUACUACGUGACAUCGGAAUUCGUACCAUGCGCCUAAUGACUAACAACCCGGCCAAGUUCAUCGGUCUGAAGGGCUAUGGUUUGGCAGUUGUUGGACGGGUUCCAGUUUUGACUCCCAUCACCGAGGAAAACAAGAGGUAUUUGGAAACUAAGAGAGCAAAGAUGGGGCAUAUCUAUGAAUCCGGCGAACGAGGACUAUUGGAUGCAUUUAUUAACCCAGAUAUUGAUGAAAAUGAUCCUCCUGAGGAAAACCAGAGAAAAUGAAUGAUCACUUUGGUUUCAUAUAAAAGCUCCUCUCCACUUUGUGGUUUUCUGGGUCCUUUUUUUCGUUUUUAUGAAAUAGUCAUUGUUGAAAAUCAUUGAUCUUCUGUAUGUAUUUACUGCAGAAAUUUAUUUGAUCACUUCAGGUUCACAGAUACAAAAGAGAUAAUAAAUCCUCUCGGGGAAUGUUACCACGAA